GUCCGGUUCCUUUUUCUGUACGGAACAAAAACAUUGCAUCAAUAAGAGAGGCGCGAAGAGUGCAAGCCGAUAACCCGUUUACACUAGAGGAAAGUUACAGAUAAACAGAUUUACCUAUGAGUCCACCAAAAAUGAAACGUCGCCGAAUGGCGGAGGUGGAGCCGUGGAUCGAGAAUCUCAUUAAAAACUACGGCGAAAGCCCGGGUUAAAAGGCUGUCAAGGCUCAUGUCGUCGGCAUGUGUGAUUUGUCAGAGUCGCAGCGGAGGGAGAGCACAGAUGCCUGUAUGAUAUUCCUGUCCGACGGGAGCACGCGCAUUCCCGCGGCGCUGAGCGGAGCCGCGUGGGAGCGUCUGCAGGAGUCGGAGGAGAAAGAGUCCUUUUCAGACCUGCUAAAUGCUGUUGUGUUUGUGCGCAACUUCAAACUGGAGUUUGACAUGAAAACUGAACUGGGAUUGUGCCAGUUUUACUUAAAGGUUGAUCAGAUCACUACCGUAUGCAUUGCUUCCAAACACUACAACCCCCCCAGCUGUCUUUGUUGUUUUAUUUUCUUGUCUUUCAGUACAUUACUUCCAUCAGUUAGAGAGAAGAUUAUAAAGACAUGGAGAUCUUGCAGGGAGAGUUCAGUCAAUUCACUUAGCUCAGCAUCUGGGGUCUCUCUAUCCUCUCUGUUGGGGGCGUGGCACAGUGACAUUAUAAUAAAUAUUCUGAAUGAUGCAAUGGAGAAAAUAACAAUGUCUGCAACAUGUUGUCCAAGUGUGGCCACACCCACUCACUGGCAUGGAGAGAGACUUCGCUGGAAGGGACAGGAGCAGUUCAUUGUCCCCGUGCCUUUCCUUCUCAUCUCAGAGGAGCAGAGGGAGCUGAUGACAGCUGAUCCCAGUGCCGAUUGCAAAAAUGAGAAUGCGAAUGCCCCUGCUCCGCCCCAUGAAGAAUCGCAUCAGGCUGGCACGUCAACACCAGACCAAACGCUGGCUGCUCAGGACUUGAUCAGUGGUUCAAGUCCAAAUGAAGGACAGUGUACCCUGGAACACACAAGACUGGAGGUUUUGUGUGGAACAGGGGAGAUAUCUGGGGAUGGAGAAAGCCCUUGGGAUAUGUUCACUCCAGCGCCAGAUCUUUUAGGCCUGGAGCCCCAUUCUCAGACAGAAAGCCAAACAGUUUUAAAAGAAGUCACCCCAUUUCCUUUAGCAACAAGCACCCAAUUCCAGAACACAAAGCAAGUUUCAGAAGGGGUGUCCGAGGAUGGCAUUACACUAGCUCAGAGACCACAGCCAACCCAGAUCAGCCCAUCCCACGUAAGUGGCGGGUCCUGCAGAGACCCUAGUCAAGAGCAUGAUAAACAACAUUCAUCAAGUCCCCCCUCAUGGAUCGUCGAGAGCACAGACCCACUGUCUAAAAACUGUUUCUUAUUGGCUCCACCCACCAAGCCAAACUCACUGGCCCCACCCACCAAACCGAAAAACGUGCAUUCAGAUGGAAGGCCUUUUUCGUAUUUGUAUCAUCCUGACCCUCAGGUGGCCACAGCCCUCAGUCAUUUACAGUGUGUGUGUGUGUGCGCGCGCGCGCGCGCGUGCGUGUGUGUAGAAUCCCAGGACAGCUUAUACAGUGGGCGGUGCGUUAUCUUGGGACCUCUAACUCUGCAGAUGUCAACGCGGGAGCUGAUUCUUAAGUCAUUGCCUGUUACCUCAAAUUACAUUAUAUUUUUGUUAAAAGAAAAAAUUCAACUUGGAAUGCAUUUUUAAAAUAAUAUCCAUUGUCUGUGGAUACUGUUGUUUUUUACAGUAAGUGAAUGUAACAGUGUAUUAUUUGUAAUAAAUGUUCAUAUUGA